AGAGUCAACCAGAAAGUGCUCAAUUCUGGAAUAGAGCAGAAGGUCCUUGAUGCUACUAGCAAUGAGCCUUGGGGUCCUCAUGGAUCUCUUCUUGCAGACAUUGCGCAAGCUACAAGAAAUUAUCAUGAUUACCAGAGGAUUAUGCCAGUAGUAUGGAAAAGGAUUAGCGAUACUGAGAAUUGGCGACAUGUCUACAAGGCCUUGACUGUUUUGGAAUACCUGGUAGCUCAUGGGUCAGAGCGGGUCAUAGAUGAGAUUAGAGAACAUGCUUAUCAAAUAUCUACUUUGUCCGACUUCCAAUAUAUUGAUUCCAGUGGAAGGGAUCAGGGUAACAAUGUUAGAAAGAAAUCUCAGGGCCUUGUGGUCUUAGUGAAUGACAAAGAAAAAAUAUUUGAAGUUCGGCAGAAGGCUGCCGCUAACCGAGACAAAUUUCGCAGCUCAGCAGCAAGUGGAAUGUAUAGGCCUGGUUCAUAUUCAAGCUCUGGAGGAUAUGGUGACAGAUAUGAUUAUGAUCGCGAUGAAGCCCGCUAUGGUAGAGAUGAAGAACAGAAUGGUUAUGGGAGAGAAAGAGAGUAUGGCUAUAGGGAUGAUGACCGAGGCAGAUAUGGGGACUCGUACGGUCGGGAUAGAGAUCGUUAUGGUAGAGAUUAUGAAGACAUUACGGCAGAGAGUUUAGGGAUGAUGAUUAUCGGGGAGCUGCUUCCCUGUGCUGCUGCUUCCACUGCUGCUCCUAAUGCAUCUGUCUCUUCUACAGCUAUUCCUAAUAUAUCUCCCUCUCCCACAGCUACUGCAUCUGGCCCUUCUGCAAAUAGUGCUGAAAUGGACUUACUUGGUUCUCUGUCAGAUUCAUUUUCUUCAAAUCCACUGGCUAUUAUGCCAGUUUUACCUGCAACCUCUGAAGCUGAUGCUCAUGCAAACUCUGGCCUCGCACCUGCAUUUUCUACAACUCAGACGACUCAGUCAUUUGAAGAUCCAUUUGGAGACACUCCUUUUAAGGCUAUCCCUUCUACUGCCACCGACCCAACUCAACAGCAGAAAGCCAUGGCUCCUUUCCAGGCAACUGCGGACCAUGUGGAAAAUACCCAGUUGCCAGCCUCAAAAGUGGACACAAAUGAUAACUUUGGCUUUGGGGACUCCUUUUCAGCUAUUACAUACCCAGCACCCAGUAUCUCCAAUGUUCAACCUCCUUCGGUAAACUCACAGUUCUUGCCUCAAGAACUGUCAACACCUCCCCUGCAGGAAACUGAUAUUCUGGCAGACAUCCUCCCACCUUCUGUACCUUCUUCUGCUGUUUAUUCUGAGCCAGCAUUUUCAGCCUCAACUGCCCAACCGGCACAACCACGUUCUGACAUGUAUGGAAGCUUUCACCCACAGGCAGGUUCGGUAUCUUCAGUAGCCUCAAACAUGGGCCCACAAACUCCAUUUGGACAAACUGCACAGUUUAGUGGUGGGAGCUACCUCCCGCAGGGAGGUUCUGCUCCUGUGAAUUCAUAUGUGUCUUCUCUACCUCAGAAUCCAACAGGACCUCAACAGGUUAGCAGUGAAAACCUCCUUCCGCAACAAGGUUCUUUGAAUCCUGUGAACACUCAGAUUCCA